AUGACUGAAUCUGGAACGUUGGCUAAUAGCCAGUGUGAGCAGAAGUCUUGUUCUUCAAAUCCAACCGACAAUCGCGUAAUGGAAUCAGAUAGCGAUACUGAAAUUGACGCGGUAACAUAUGAAAGAAAAAGAGAGGAAUGUAUGCGCAAAAUAAUUUUGCUGGAAAAGGCCUUUGUUACGACAAAAAAGAGGCUUUAUGAUGAGAAGAUGAAACAGUUAGAGGCGAGACAAGCAGAGUUGCUUAACCAAACUGCUCCAGAUUUUUUGGCGAAGAAAGCAGUACUAGUUGCAGAGUACCGUGCGAGAACGUUGUAUAACAAGGCUGUUCGUGAUCUUCGAGUGGAGUCCUUGAAAAGGAAGUCUGUGGGAAAUUUCCACAACAUGGAAGCAGACACUAUGCGCACACACGACCUUAUUCGUGAAAAACUUGAGGAUGAAAUUUGUGCCGAAAUUAAUAAUCUGAGAAAUGUAAAAAACCUGACUGGUGCACCAGUAGUUGUUUAUAUGGCUAGGAAAGACGAAAUAAUGUCUGACCUGAAUCUUGCAAAUGAAGCUAUUUUCUUAGCGGAUUUGGAGAAAAUUCGGGAGUCUCAAGCGGAUAGUUUACGAUUAUUGGAAAAUAAGUCUAUGCGAUUAAUGAUGCCAGAUUUCUAA